UUUUUUCUUGACUUCACGUCGCUCCAGCUGAUUAACAUCGAUUUUUGUGUACAUUUUCAAGAAGGCAAUUUUCCAGGAUUUUCCCAAUUAUUUCUCAGAAAAAGUCUCAGAAUUUCAUGAAAUUUGCAAAAACAAACACCCACGUGUAAUUCCCCUUGAAAAUUAUUGCCCAAAAUUGUGUGUUAAGCUGUGAAAAAUGACCUCAAAUAUCACGAGUGUUUGCAUCGCUAUCAUUGGCAAAGAUAACUCUCCCCUGUAUAUUGCCACAAGUGAUCUUGACCGUGAACUUGAGCUGCAUUACAGUGUUCAUGCAUCAUUGGACAUCAUUGAAGAGAAAUGUUUGCCAGCGUCCGGAAAGCAAACUGUUGACUCCCGGGAUUUAUAUCUUGGGAUGCUUUAUUCCACAGAAACAGACAAAAUUUACGGUUACGUGACUAACACCAAAACAAAGUUUAUCAUAGUCAUUGAUUCCAGUAAUUCAUCUCUGAGGGAAAAUGAAGUGAGAUCGAUGUUCAGGAAUCUCCAUAUCCUCUAUACAGACGCAGUUUGCAAUCCCUUCUAUACUCCAGAGGAACCAUUGAUUUCCAAAGCCUUCGACAAGAACGUCCGGAAUAUCAUGGCGGGGAAUGUGUGAGUUCCAUGGGCUCAGACAAUUCGCCCUAAUUGUACAGACAGCGUGAAGAAAUUGUCGCAAUUUGCAGUGACUUUCCCAGCAAAUCAACCGAUAAAUUAAGUGGUAAAUCAAUUGAGAGGGCUUCAAGCUUUCCUAAAACAUUAAUUGCAUAUAAAAGAGACAUUUAGUGAUCAAAAACAGUCCAUUUUAUCUCCAAGUGCCCCCCAAAGAAGUCGCCAGAAGAUGGUUAUUCGUUUCUUUUUGUGGUUCCUCCUCGUGGGAUUUUUAUCCUUCACUUCAUCAGCUCCAGCGCAUCGUGAAGAUCCUGCCCAUUUGGCACGUGUUCAGAUCCGUGUCUAUCGUGGUCCGGAAGAUACCCAUACUCACUUUGCUCCCUGGGGAUAUUUUGUUCAGCAGCCACCGGAUCAGGACUAAUUCAUCAUCUUCUAUCAACUCUUGGAAUUUUACUGAUUCUCUGCAGAAAUUCUACUCAGCAAUUAUUUCAAUAAAGGGCAUUUUGAUAUGAA